AUGGCUUCCUCAAACCUUAUUCUCUUCUCAAUUACAUUUGCUUUCCUUAUGCAAACAUCUUUUGGAAUCGACCCACUUUUUCAUUUUUGUUCAAACUCGAGUAACUUCACUGCCAAAAGCACAUAUGAAUCAAACUUAAAAACACUCGUCAACUCACUUAUCAAUAAGACGCCUUCAACAGGUUUCGGCAUUGGAUCAGUGGGACCGGCCAAAUACCAAAACCAAAAAGUGUAUGGACUAGCUCUUUGUCGUGGCGAUGUAUCAAACUUAGAAUGUAAAACUUGUGUUUCACAAGCAAGUAAAGAAGUUCUCAAUCUUUGUCCAUAUAAUAAGGGUGCUAUUGUAUGGUACGACAAUUGCAUGAUCAAGUACUUGAACACUAAUUUCUUUGGCAAAAUUGAUAAUGCAAACAAGUUCUCUUUAUUAAAUGUAGAAAAUGUUGUUAAUCCUACCAAAUUCAACAACAUGACUAAGGACUUAUUGAGCUUACUUGCUUAUGAAGCUUCUAUGGAUCAUAAAUUUUAUGCUAGUGGAGAAUUGAAGAUUGGAGAAUCACAUAGAGUUUAUGGGUUAAGUCAAUGCACUAGAGACCUUUCUAGUGUUGAUUGUAAGAAAUGCCUUGAUGAUGCAAUUAGUGAACUAAUACCAAAUGGAAAAAAAGGAGGCAGAGUUGUUGGUGGAAGUUGUAACAUUCGAUAUGAAAUUUACCCGUUUGUUGAGGAGUAAACUUAA